AUGCCCGCCCUCCGCCUCAAACUCUCCAGGACCCUCUUCCUCCGAACCUCGCCCCGAACCUCGCCCCCGAUCUCCCCGGCCUCCCCUCGCUCUACGGCUUUCGAGCCCCUCCCCUUGCCAGUGGUCAAAGUCGUGCUAGACGCCUUUGACGCCCAUGACUGGUCGCACUCCUCCGAUGCGCUGACGGAUUGGCUCAAUGCCCGGUGGGCGAAGAGUGGGUAUGUAGUAAGUCGAGAGGUGGUGUGCUGGACGUUGAGGUCUGAGGGGAGGGAUGCGAGGAUGGGUUUGGGCGAUGGGUUGGAGGGGGAUUUUGUGAGGGAGGUGAGUUGGUAG